GCAACAACAUAAUUCCGGCCAUCGAACAAACAAGUGUGGCUCAACCGUGAACUCCUUUCUUUCCCUCUCCCUGCUCUGGGAGCCAUCCACCCCUGAGAUCCUUUUGUUCGAGGGAAACGAAAAGGACCAUGCCCGACCAGCCGCGGCGUAUCAUCCUAGAAAAGUCACGGACUGUCCGUCGGCGGUACCAACGGUCCAACAAGCGAUUCACCUUCACUGCGUCACAGCUCAGACGGAUCGAGCGCGAAGAGGAGCUAGAGAACCGAGCGAAGAAGCUGCGAGAGAAGGAAAAUCGGCGGUUAGAGAAUAAGAAGAAAAGGGCCGAGAAGGAUGCCAAAGCGCGCGAAGAGCGAAAGAAACUGGGCCUGCCCGAUCCCGAAGCCCUCCGUGUACCAUCCAGCCAGCCUCUGCUCUCGAAAUUCCUCGCCCGACCGAAAGCCGCAUCGCCGCAGGUAGAUGAAUCAAACGAGGAAACCGUGGAUUUGGACUCAGGGUCCGAGACCGAAAAGGAGGACUAUUGCAGUACAGAGGAGGAAGGGGAAGGGGAAGCAGAUAAAGAAGCAGGCCCUGCCGCAUAUUUUGGUCUUGAACCCAACGAUCCAGCGAAGGAUGCCGAGGGUGAUAAUAGCGACCUUGAGUUUUCACAAUGCUCAAUCUUCGAUAAUGAAAUUUUACUUGUCGAUGAGGCUACAGUGCUGGGCGAUCUAGACACCGCGAAGGGUACAAGACCGGUCAAGCUGCCAGAGUAUCCUGCACGGAAACCUGCCUCGGCGCUCAAUAGUUCUUUCCGUGACGAUACUGCCCUUUUGAUCGAACAAAUGGACGACUACGAAGAGUUCGAUGUUGAGGAAGACUUCGAGCAAGAGCUCCUGAAGAUCUCGACCCAGGCGACUUGAUGCGAUGCGAACAAUUAAGCCAUACAUAAUCCUGGGGGGCCCUAGUAUAUACUGCCCGCUCGACCCCUCUGCUUUCGCCUACCUCAACGACAGUCCCCAACAGUCGGGUUCGAGAGAGUGUCGAUUAACGUGUCAGUGACUGCAUAAAGACAAGGCCACAAGAUGUUCGUUCGACUGCAUCUCAACGGCAGUCUCCACGGCAGUUUCUGUCUUGACCGAGAGAUUUGAUAGC